AAAAGGACAACGGCUACCUCCUCCACUACCCCCCACUACUUCACUGAUUGCUUCUCCUUCCAUUUUGUCGCGUCCCGUCUCGCCUCGGCUUCUCCUCCUCCUCCCUUUCCCCUCCGGCCCUCCCACCGCCCCCCACACAACACAGCGGAAGCUUCUGUGGAGCAGAGGAACAAGGGGGGGUUUGCAUUGCAUCUUGCAUCUCGCGGCGUCAAUGGGGGCGUCGGGGAAGUGGAUCAAGUCGCUGGUGGCCCUGAAGGCGCCGGAGAAGGCGGCGGGGCACAAGGGCGGGCGCAAGUGGACCCGGCUGUGGCGGAGCUCGUCGUCCGCCGCGUCCAGGGGUGCCAGCGCCGGCGAGGGCGGCGCGCUGGCGUCCGAGGCUUCUUCGGCGUCGGCCGACUCGUUCAGCUCGGUGCUCGCGGCCGUGGUCCGCGCGCCGCCCAGGGACUUCCGCCUCAUCAGGCAGGAGUGGGCCGCCGUCCGCAUCCAGACCGCCUUCCGCGCAUUCUUGGCGAGGCGGGCGUUGAAGGCGCUGAGGGGCAUCGUGCGGCUGCAGGCGCUGGUGCGCGGCCGGCUCGUGCGGAAGCAACUGGCCGUCACUCUCAAGUGCAUGCACGCGCUGCUGCGGGUGCAGGAACGCGCCAGGGAGCAGCGGGCGCGCUCCUCUGCUGACGGCCACGGUUCCCAGGACGCGCUCAAAGGCCGUGCAACUUCUACCAAGGACGCAGAGGAACAGUGGUGUGACCGUCAAGGUUCUGUUGACGAAGUAAAAUCAAAAUUACACAUGAAGCACGAAGGUGCAGCAAAAAGAGAGAGGGCAAUUGCCUAUGCCCAUUUUCAUCAGCAUCGAAAUUCAAAAAGCAGCGGAAGACCAAGCUCUCCUGCAAGAUUUAUUAGAAGCCACGAGUCUAAUAGGUGCAAUCACAACUUGAAUUACUUAGAAGGAUGGAUGGCAACAAAACCAUGGGAGACCAGGCUUGUGGAGCAAAAUGAUACUGACUCACAGUUUGCGAAGAACUGUGAGGAUCUGAAUUUGGCUGUCUCCAAUGCUAGCUCAGUCAAAAUCAGAAGGAACAAUGUCACAACCAGGGUAGCAGCCAAGCCUCCUUCAGUGUUGUCAGCUUCUUCCUCUGACUUGGUAUGCGAGGAGAGCUCUCCAUCGACAUCCUCGGUGACUCCAGUGUCUGCUACCACCACCAUCUUAGCAUCAGAGGCAAGAUCAGACAGUGGCCAUAUCGGAGGACCAAACUACAUGAGCUUGACCAAGUCUGCCAAAGCAAGGCUACAUGGCUGCAGCAGCCACAGAGGGUCGUUCCAGCGGCAACGAUCUGGGGACAUGUCAAGGGUGGCCCUCUCUUCAAUAGACACCCAAAGCAACGCUGGCUCAGAUAUUUCAGUGACCUCGAAGAGGUUGAACAACAUGUCAUUGAAAGGCCGGAGCAUGACGAGAAGCAUGGACAAGGAAAAUGACUAUUGAUCCUGGCUCCAUAAUCAAUGGACAAACAAAGCUUAACUUGGUUUAGCGUCAGCUGUACACAUCCAACCGAUGUUCAAUUCCUAAUUUACCGAUAAAUUAUGUACUUAGAAUUCAAAAUGGAGACAUGUGAAAGCUUAAGCCGUUAUAUAUCUGCACCUGCUGCCUUCUGUGAAAAAAAAAACGUUUACUUUCUAA